AUGGAGGCAUUCGUGGGCACCUGGCGCCUGGUGGACAGCGAGAACUACGACAGUUACAUGAGGGAGCUGGGAAUGAACUUUGCAACUCGACAGUUGGGCAACGUCACCAAACCCACCACAGUCAUCAAAGUGGAUGGGGAUCAGGUUACUCUGCAAAGCUUCAGCACCUAUAGGAGCACAGAAAUUACUUUCAUCCUUGACAAACCUUUCGACGAGCAUACCACUGAUAAUAGAAAUUGCAAGACAGUUGUAACAUUUGAAGGUGAAAAAUUGAUUCAGAUUCAGAAAUGGGAUGGAAAACAAACAACACUUGUCCGAGAAAUCCGAGAUGGAAAACUCAUAUUGACUCUUACCUUAAAUGAUGUAGUAAGUGUUCGCACAUAUGAGAGGGAAGCAUGAGGAUGCUACUUUUAUGUUAUUUGUUGCAAUUCAUGUUAUGGCUCCACAGAGAGAAACAUGCAGUGUUAUUGUACUUUUCAUACAUAAUUCUUCUGACAAAC